AAGAAAGAUCCUGGAAUACCUAAUUUGUAUCCUUUCAAGGAGCAAUUACUGCGUCAAAUGGAAGAAAGAAAAUUACGGAUUGAACAAGAUCGAGAGAGACGCAAGUUAGAAAGACAUGAAGAACUUAGUAAACGUAGAGACUUGAAAAGCAUACAAGCCGAUGCUGAACGCCGAGCUGAAGAAUUUAAUAAUAGGCAUUCAAUGCAAGAUUCUAAUAAAAAAUCUCAUUUUUUUUUUAUAGAACAAUCUAGGAAGCAAUAUUACAAAGAAUUUAAAAAGGUUGUUGAAGCAGCUGAUGUGAUAUUACAAGUAUUAGAUGCUCGUGAUCCACUUGGGUGCAGAUGCUUAGAGGUAGAACGUGCUAUUUUUUCAUCUGGAUCUAAAAAGAAACUAGUAUUGCUAUUAAAUAAAAUUGAUUUAAUUCCUCGUGAUAAUAUCGAAAAAUGGCUUAAGUAUCUCAGGAAUGAGCUACCAGCCAUAGCCUUUAAAGCAUCAACUCAAUCUCAAAAAGAUCAUAUUGCUAGGAGUAAAGUUGCUGUCACCACAGCUUCAAAAAAUUCAUUAAAUGCAAGUAUUUGCUAUGGAGCAGAUACUCUCAUGAAAUUAUUGUCUAAUUACUGCCGUAAUUUAGGCUUGAAAACUUCAAUUACGGUUGGUGUUGUCGGAUUGCCUAACGUUGGAAAGAGCAGUGUUAUCAAUAGCUUGAAAAGAUCUAGAGCAUGCACAGUCGGAUCAGAGCCAGGAGUAACAAAGAAUAUGCAAGAAAUCAACUUAGAUAAGCACAUAAAGUUAUUAGAUAGCCCCGGAAUUGUUAUGAGCAAGCGCAAUGACAAUACUGGAUUAAUUUUAAGAAAUUGUGUCAAGCUGGAUGAAGUCCAAGAUCCGAUCCCUGCUGUAGAAGCUAUCUUGAAAAGAUGUAACCGUCAACAGAUUAUGGAAAAGUACUGUAUUCCUGAAUAUAAUAAUGUUAAUGAUUUCCUGUCUCUUCUUGCGCAUCGACUGGGCAGACUAAAGAAAGGUGGAAUUCCAAACGUUGAGGCUGCCGCUAAAAGUAUUCUUACCGACUGGAAUAGUGGAAAGAUAUCCUACUAUACGCACCCACCGGAGCAACAUAAACUGCCUUCCCACAUUUCUGCUGAGAUUGUCACUGAAUGGAGUCAAGCCUUUGAUAUUGUUAGUUCCGCAUUAACAAUAACCAGGACGUUAAUCCAUCUUUGA